CAUGAACUGAAACUGAAAGGCACUUUUUACUUCUUCCAACUUUCCGCUUUCUUUCUCUCUCUACAUUGCUCGUCCUUCAGGGUCAAAGCAGGGGGAAUUCAUCAAAUCAUUUUAUACUGGGUGUGCGCUUUAGCUAGUGAGAGAAUCUUGCCUCUCCAUAUAAUAUAAACCUGAAACUUCUUGGAAUUUUGCAUGUCUGGCUCUGUGGCCAUUGUUGAUAGCAUUGGAAAAACACUUUCUUUGUCAGAUAGAACAAAGUCUCUCGACCCUGUGUCAAUUAAUGAAAAUAACCGCUCUAGGAAAUGGACAAACAGUGAAGUCAAUCAUACUUCUGAAAGCGCCAGCUUUAGAAUUAGGGAUCUCUUCUUACCAAAUGGGGACUCGUAUUCUGGAUCUCUGCUGGGAAAAAUACCUGAGGGUUCAGGAAAGUAUGUCUGGUCUGAUGGUAGUCGGUAUGAGGGUGAGUGGAGACAUGGAAUGAGGCACGGGCAUGGGAAACUAGAAUGGCCUACUGGUGCUGUAUAUGAUGGUGAAUUUUCAGGUGGCUAUAUGCAUGGUGAGGGAAUGCAUAUUGCACCUGAUAAAGUGACUUAUAGGGGACGCUGGCGGUUCAACCUCAAACAUGGUUUAGGGUAUCAAGUGUAUCCCAAUGGAGAUUUUUUCGAAGGGUCCUGGAUUAGAGGAACCCCUGAAGGACCUGGUAAGUAUAAAUGGGCGAAUGGUAAUGUCUAUGUGGGUAAUAUGAAGGGAGGGACGUUAUCUGGAAAAGGAACUCUCACUUGGAUCAAUGGAGAUUCAUAUGAAGGAAGCUGGUUAAAUGGCAUGAUGCAUGGUCCUGGUGCAUAUACUUGGAGAGAUGGUGGCUGUUAUAUUGGGACAUGGACACAUGGACUAAAAGAUGGAAAGGGAACAUUUUAUCCUAGCGGUAGCAGACUUACGGCUGGCCAGGAAUUUUACCUCAAUGCUUUGAGAAAACAAGGAUUACUGCCAGAUUUGAGAAAACAAAAACGAGUCUCGCAUAUUUCUCACUCCUCUUCAGUAGAUACAGGAAAUGUUAAAGUAAGUGGAAACAAAGGAUCCUCAAGAUAUUCAUAUGAUAGGCUUUCAAAGGGGGACAUAUCAAAUCUUGAACAGUCACAUCCCACUAAUGUUACUCUGGAAAGACGAUGGAGUCUUGAAGUAGCUAUUGAGAAGGUAAUUGGAAAUGAUUUAGAUGGUGUUGACACUGGGAACGAUAUGAAUACUCCAAUUUUAGAAAGAGAAUACAUGCAAGGUGUACUAAUCAGUGAGGUUGUCCUAAAUGAUCGAUUCUCACCAGCUAGAACAGCAGCAAAAAGGAGACAAAGGAAACUUGUGAGGGAGUCAAAGAGGCCAGGUGAAGCAAUUAUUAAGGGUCAUAGGCGUUACAAUGUAAUGCUUAGUUUGCAGCUUGGUAUCAGAUACAGCGUGGGGAAAGUUACACCGGGACAAAGGCGAGAAGUGGGAGCUUCUGAUUUUGGUGCCUGUGCGUGCUCUCGGAUGUAUUUUCCUAAAAAAGGAUCUCAAUUGACACCUUCUCAUCAAUCAGAAGAUUUCAAAUGGAAAGAUUAUUGUCCAGUUGUUUUCAGGAAUCUUAGGGAAUUGUUCAAGAUUGAUACUGCUGACUACAUGAUGUCCAUCUGUGGAAAUGAUGCACUUAGAGAACUUUCUUCUCCUGGGAAAAGUGGCAGUGUGUUUUUCCUGUCUCAAGAUGAUCGUUUCAUGAUUAAGACAUUACGGAAGUCAGAAGUUAAGGUUCUUCUGCGAAUGCUUCCAAAUUAUCAUCGUCAUGUCAAGGCAUAUGAGAAUACUCUCAUCACUAAAUUCUUUGGUCUUCACAUGAUAAAGCCCUCAAGAGGACAAAUGUUACGCUUUGUAGUAAUGGGAAAUAUGUUCUGCACAGAGUUAAGAAUCCACCGAAGAUUUGAUCUUAAAGGUUCCUCACUUGGACGAUCUGCAAAUAAGGUCGAAAUUGACGAGAACACAAUUCUCAAGGAUCUAGAUUUGAACUACUGCUUUUAUCUAGAGCCUUCUUGGCGUGAAGCUUUACUAAAGCAGAUUGAGAUUGACAGCAAAUUUUUGGAGCAGCAGCACAUAAUGGAUUACAGCCUCUUGUUAGGUGUUCAUUAUAGAGCACCCCAGCAUCUACGAUCUCCCAUCUCGUGCAGUGGAUGUACAACAACAGAAGGAUUGGGAAUUGUUGCAGAUGAUGAGUCUCUAGAGGAUGAAAUAUUACCCCAAGGCCUUGUUUUAGUCCCUCGUGGUGCAGAUGAUAAUUGUGUAGUAGUGGGUUCUCAUGUCAGAGGCAGACGAUUGCGAACAUCAUCUGCCACUGGUGGUGACAAGGAAGUGGAUCUCCUCCUCCCUGGGACAGCAAGGCUCCAGAUUCAGCUUGGAGUGAAUAUGCCAGCAAGGGCAGAUCAUAUACCCGGGAAAGGUGAUACACGAAUGUUUCUUGAAGUAUACGAUGUUGUAUUGUAUGUCGGCAUCAUUGACAUAUUGCAAGUAUACAAUCUACGAUUUUAUUGCAUCUUUCUUGGUGGAGCUAGAGAGAGUAAGUUUUUCAUUGAUCAAGGGAGAAAGAGAAUAGGAUCAUCAACGGCCAUGCAGAACAGCAGCAGCUAUGAUCUGUCGUUUAAGAUUUUAUUAAUCGGUGAUUCAGGAGUAGGGAAGAGCAGCUUGCUCCUCAGUUUCAUUUCUAAUGCUGUUGACGAUGUUACCCCUACCAUUGGUGUCGAUUUUAAGAUCAAGACGCUCACUGUUGGUGGGAAAAGAUUGAAGCUUACCAUUUGGGACACAGCUGGACAGGAGAAGUUCAGGACAUUGACAAGCUCCUACUUCAGAGGUGCUCAGGGGAUCAUUCUUGUUUAUGAUGUGACAAGGAGAGAUACAUUCACAAACCUGUCUGAUGUGUGGGCAAAAGAAGUGGAGCUUUAUUGUACUAAUGAAGAUUGUGUUAAGAUGUUAGUCGGAAACAAAGUUGACAGAGAAUCUGAGAGAGUUGUUCGCAGGGAGGAAGGUGUUGCUCUAGCAAAAGAGCUUGGAAGUUUAUUUCUCGAAUGUAGUGCUAAAACUCGCGCAAAUGUAGAGCAAUGCUUUGAAGAGCUCACGUUAAAGAUAAUGGAGGUGCCUAGUCUUCUGGAAGAAGGAUCUGUUUCAGGGAAGAAAAAUAUAUUGAUACAGAAACAACAACAACAACAAACAACACAAUCACUAAGUAGUUGUUGCUCAUAAAACUCUCCGAACUAGGACCAAACGCGAACAGAUAUAUCAAAGGAAUGCUUAUAUGUUUACUCAUUAACUCUUGAUCAAACAUGUAAAUAUUACAUUCUAUAUAAUAUAAAAUGACACCACUUCGAGUUA